AUGGCUUUCUACCAAGCCUUGGAGUUUCACGAAGGCGAGAGAAUGAUGCAGAAGAAAUUACGGGUACCUGAGAUGGAUAAUCCUACCAUCCCCAUGCUUUCACCACAAGCAUCUGGUAUGCUUCAGAGGGCUCCACUGUUGGCCUUUGGCACUCUAGACUCUGAAGGACGACCAUGGACGACAGUCUGGGGUGGCCGAAAGGGGUUCUCUCAGCCCCUUGGAAACAGCAUGAUCGGCAUCAGAACUUCAGUGGCUUCCAUACUUGACCCAGUGGUAGAGACGUUGGUCGGCCGAGACGCUAAGGGUGAGAUCGUGAAUGAAGAGGGAGAAGGCAGGUUGCUCAGCGGAUUAGCCAUCGAUCUUGACACCAGAAAGCGGGUCAAGCUUGCCGGACGAAUGAUUGCAGGCACACUUGGUGGUACCAAUGGAGCGAACGACACAGAUGAUCAUGGACAGCAAGGUAUACUGCAACUUGUUGCACGUAUUGACGAAAGCUUAGGAAACUGUCCAAAGUAUCUCAACCGACGCGAGAUAUCACCAGCAAUCCCAAACCCUGAACUCAUCUCGGACUCUGUACCGUUAGAGAGGAGAGCUGUUGAGCUCAUCAACAAAGGCGAUCUCAUGUUUCUCAGCACAAGUAGUGGGUGGAGCAUGGAUACCAACCAUAGAGGUGGUCCUCCGGGCUUUGUACGGUGUCUUUCACAGGAGGGCGGCUGCACACAAUUCGUCUAUCCUGAGUAUUCUGGCAAUAGGUUGUACCAAAGCCUGGGCAAUAUGAAUCUGAAUCCCAAAGCUGGCUUCUGCUUCCCGGAUUUCGAUACUGGCACUUGUCUUUUCAUCACUGGGCGCACAGAGAUUCUCUUUGGAAGAGAGGCGGCAGAAGUCAUGCCUCGCUCAAAUUUGGCGGUUCGAGUCACGAUUACAGCCGCUCGUCUAGUAGCAUCAGUACUCCCAUUCCGUGGCAACACUGGCGAGUUCUCACCAUACAACCCAGUCGUAAGAUAUCUGGCUAGUGAGAAAGCGACAACAAGGAUAGAAGCCGAGAAUGCAAGCCAGAACACCGCAAAGCUACUUUCUCAAACACUACUUACUCCAACAAUUUCGCGCUUCAAGUUUAGCUUGUCCAAUGCAGCUACCUAUACUGCUGGUCAGUAUGUCACCAUCGAUGUUUCGGACCACCUGGAUGUCGGAUAUAGCCACAUGCGAGAUGACGACCCCAGAAGCCUAAAUGAUGAUUUUGUCCGCACCUUUACUGUUUCUUCUCCGCCUGGUCUGCCACCUCAUCCAAGCAAACGACUUGCAGAUGACGAGUUCGAAAUCACAAUACGCAAAGUUGGCGUAGUGACUGACUUCCUGUUCAAACAUGGUUUGGGCAAUACAGCAAGUCGCUCUGAGUUGGAGAUCGGGAUUAAAGGCUUUGGAGGAUCAUUUGUGGUAGAACAGACUGAGGUGAAAUCUUCUAUCGCUUUUGUUGCUGCUGGUGUAGGCAUCACGCCAUUGAUGCCGUGCUUACACUCGCUCAAGCUUGAUGACCUUCAAUUGUUCUGGACGUUGCGAGUAGCCGAUCUGGGUCUUGCCAUCGAUCUACUUGACGGAUUCCCAAAUCAGGCUGCGAGUCUUACUUUGUUUAUCACAGGCGUCUCUCUGGAAAACAAAGAGCAAAAGGCUUGCAUAAAGAAACUCACUGAAUACGGCGUGCGGAUUGUGUACCGUCGCAUGGACAAGACCGAUCUGGAGCCGCUGACACCAAGGAUCAAGAGGUGGUAUGUUUGCACAGGUGCCAGUCAAAGGAGUACCAUCUUGCAGUGGUUGAGUGGGCAGGAAGUGUUAUACGAGGACUACAACUUCUGA